AUGUCGGAAAAACCAUCUCAAAUACAAAAAAAAAUACAAGAAAAUGUACGAGAAACCUUAAAAGACAAGUUGAGACUCGUUACCAUAAGUUUAAUAUUAUUGUCCACCAUAUUCUAUAUGACCAUGUUGAUUGGUGGGUCAACUGGAAGCGUAUAUGUCAAUGAGUUUAAAUUUGACAAAGGGAUAAGCGACUUGAUACAAAGAAAAAGUAUAAAAUUUACUUUGCUUGGAUAUUGUAUCGAUAACGUUUGUACGAAAGAGGUUUCCCAUGAUUUCGACAAAGCACCGAGUUCGAAAGAGAUCCAAUCCGGGGAGAUUCAAAAACGGUCGAUUCAUAAAUAUGCCAUUCGUGACUUUAACCCCGUUGAGAUCGGUAACGAUGUAGGCGACGUUGCAAAAGAUGUGGGAAAAGGUGCCGAAGAUGUUGGUAAAAAGGUAGGUGAUGCUGCCAAAGACGUUGACGUUGAAGAAACCGUAAAUGAAAUCGGCGAGAAAGCGGGGGAAAUUGGGGAAAAGGCCGGCGAUUUGGUCGAACAGGUUGCUAGAGAGGCAUUAAAAAAAUUAUUGGAAGCUUUCGAUAAUUUCAAACCCAAGGAAUCCACCAAUGGUAUAUCUGGAUGGUUGGCAAAACCGAUUAUUGCUGCGGCGGUAUUUAAUUUUGUGGCUUUGCUUUUAUUAGUAUUUGUUGAUAAGAAUAAUGCCACAUUUUACUACUCUUUAGCAAUCUUGUUAUUAUUCCUAUCAAUAAUACUUAACUUAGCCUCAUUGAUAACUACGUCAAUGCUCUUCACUUUAGUUUUUAGUAUUAUUGGUGCUUUUCCUGGCAUUGGAGAUAAUAAUAAUGGACCUGUAAAUGCCUUAUCAAUAGGUAGUCUUAUCUGUUUACUUGUAGCCCUCAUUUUUACAUUCAUUCGAUGUUGUAGUGACGUUGGUAAAAAGGCAUUUAAGGAAAAUAAUUCCAACGUUUAA